AUGAGAAGUGCAUUUGUUUUAGUACUCUCUCUUUUAUGCCUCACUUCUUCUGUACAAUGUUAUGCUAAAAGAAAAUAUGGUCCUCUUGGAAAACUUAUGGAUGUGAAACACUCAAAAAGAUCGAUUGAUUAUCUUUCCGAGGAUGAUGUUGUCACCGAGUAUUCACCAGUUUAUAUAGCAUCUCAGAAAGGAUUAAAAGAAGCUGACGAGAUCUUAACUUUGCCUGGACAACCAAAGGUGAAUUUUUCUCAAUAUUCAGGGUACGUAACUGUUGAUCCUAAGGCUGGCCGAGCACUCUUUUACUAUUUUACCGAGUCUGAAGACCCUUCGAGCAAACCUCUAGUGCUGUGGCUAAAUGGAGGACCUGGCUGCUCUUCAAUAGGAGCUGGAGCAAUGACAGAACUUGGACCAUUUAGGGUGAAUCCUGAUGGCAAAACUCUAUGGCAGAACCCUUAUUCAUGGAACAAAGUUGCAAAUGUCCUCUUCUUGGAAUCUCCAGCUGGUGUUGGAUUUUCCUAUUCCAAUACAUCAUCAGAUUAUAUUACUGGGGACAAAAAAACUGCAGCAGAUUCAUAUACCUUUUUAGUUAACUGGUUGGAAAGAUUUCCAGAGUAUAAAACUCGGGACUUCUACUUGACUGGAGAAAGUUAUGCUGGUCAUUAUGUGCCUCAGCUUGCUGAUUCAAUUCUCGAGAACAACAAAAUCACGAAUCAAACUGUCAUUAACUUGAAAGGAAUUGCUAUUGGGAAUGCAUACAUCGACUACACAGAUCGGUGGACAGGCACUUAUGAUCAUUUCUGGACUAGUGCUCUCAUAUCUGAUGAAAUUCAUGAAGGCAUAAUUUCAAAUUGCAAUUUUUCUUCCGAGGCUAAAGUUUCAGAAGUCUGCCAAGAUUACACAUAUCAAGCCGAUGAGGCCACUGGCAACAUCUUCAUCUAUGACAUUUAUGCUCCCUUGUGCUCGUCCUCUUCAAAUGCUCCCUCGAUAUCAGGAUUUGAUCCAUGCUCAGACGACUAUGUCUUCGCCUAUUUAAACACCCCUGAAGUGCAAAAGGCACUUCAUGCUAACACCACUGGAGUUCCUGGACCGUGGGAAGAUUGCAACGAUUCCAUACAGAUCGAUUGGCAGGACAUGCCAGAUACAGUGUUACCUACCAUAAAGAAGCUGAUGGCUAGCGGGAUUAGCGUUUGGAUCUACAGCGGAGAUAUAGAUGGGAUAAUACCAGUUACAACAACUAGGUAUUCAAUGCCCAAACUUGGGGCACCAGUUAAGACUCCAUGGUAUCCGUGGGGCUCCCAAGGCGAGGUCGGAGGUUAUGUAGUUGAAUACGAAAAUGUGACAUUUGUGACCGUGAGAGGAGCAGGACAUUUUGUUCCGAGCUACCAGCCUGAGCGAGCACUAAUCUUCUUCUCAUCCUUCUUACAGGGAAAACUUCCUCUGAAACAGAGCUAA